GACUCUGCAGGGGUUUUAUAAAGCUUCAACGAAAGGAAGAAUACAGAAAAAGAAACGAAAAACCUUUGCCGAACUUUUCCAUCAUACUCGUGCCAUUGUAACUCUAAACGCAAAAUAAAUAAAUUUUUUCCUUCCAUUUAUAUGGGUGAGAAAGAAGAAGAAGUUUUAGGAAAUAAUAGCAUAGAAGAUGUCAGUUGGCUUUGUUCCCUUUCUGAAUCCGAGCUUGAUUUGUUGAUUAGCUUAAAGAUGCUAGCCAUGAAACGUGCAAGGGUACUUGGGCAUGUACAGCUAGCCAAGAAAUUUGAUUUGAAGAUGCUUCGAGCCCUUGGAUUCAUUUUGAUGGAAUAUCUCAAAGAAAAGGUUAAGGACUCAUCAAUUGUUUCUGGUGUGGCUGAGUCUGCUGCAUUUAUUGAUAGUUCCAAUCUAUUAAAAUCUAAGCUUGAUGGUAUGAUGAGCAUUGAAGAGCUAAAGGAAGGUAUUGCUAUUAAUACAAGAAAAGAAUUUUGCAAAAGACCACGUGCGAAGGAUGCGGCUAAUAGAAGUAGUAAAAGACCUAGAUCAUCAUCAGAUCUGAAAGAAGAAACUGAAGGCUGCUAGUCAAAGAUCAGGACAUCUGAUCUCAUCAAAGUUGAAGAAACAAAGCAUGUCAUAACUGAUGAGGUUGAUGAUAAAGAGAUAGUCGCAUUCUUCUCAAAAUUCCUUGUUGGCUACGCUGUGUCAAUUUUUUGCAGUUAUAUCUUUUAUUCUCUCAAAUGUUUAUAAUCUACAAAAUAAUAUUGUAUACUUGUCAACCGAUGUUCAGGUAGCAUAUAGCGAGAGAGUUUCAUGGGAAAAGAGCUUAGUUUAAAAAAGGGGAUUUUGAAGUUUGAUCAUGUAAUUUGCCAAAUGUUGUGGAGUCUGGACAAGGGUGAGCGUCUAUAUAUAUAUAUAUCCGUUUCUCUUUGGGGUC